UAGUAGUCGAAUAACGCUGUACUCAUUCGCUCUGUUGUUAUACUGUUUAUUUAUUUUUUUUAAUAUUAAUAUUUUUGUUUGUGCGAUCGUUAAUGUGCGUCGAGUGUUUUUUUGUAGCUAUUGCUGUGCUAUAAGAAUUGUUAAAUUAUUAUUUGUUUAAUUACUUUAAAUAAUAAUAAUAAUUAAAAAAAAUGUUUAAAUCAACAAAAAAAACCAAAGACCCCACGAAAAAUCGAGCUGUAAGUGACACUACAAAGGUAAGUGAAAAAACUAUUAUUAAGAAUGAAAGCUCGACAGUGGUUCCGAAACAAAUGUUCAGCAGCAGGGUAGCUAACGAACAGCCACUGAACGUAAGCGGUAAAGGGCGCAGUUCAACGCCACAGACCACGAAAAAGACGUUAGUCAAAGGCGUCGUAUCUAGACAGGCUGCAGAAUCAUCAUCCACGGCUUCUAUUUCAAAAUCACUAAGCUCGUCUUCCAUAAAAAAGACUACAACUGGUAAAAGCAUUAAGACCAUCACCACCGUCGAUCAAGAUGGCAAUAUCCAUACGACCGUGGAAACGGUAGACGACAUACCACAAUCGACCACAGAAACCACUACCGAAGAGUCGAACACCGCAGAUUCGGCCAACGAGUAUGUCGAGUAUGCCGACCAAUAUUCCUUUGAAGGUGCCAUAGAAACGCCAGAGGGAUUGAACUCGCCACGGUACUCUACAUCAAAUCGCUUAACUUCGUCACAGAACUUUGAAAAUGAAUCAUCGUCGGUGGAUCAAUCGAUGUCUAUGGAGACCAAUUAUAAUGCUGUUACCUCACACUUUAGUUCCGAAUCAAAACAACUGUUGGACGUAAAGGAUACAAUACAACACGAAAAUACAGUAAGGUCAGUAAAUGGGAAAUUAAUUAAAUCUAUAGAUGAUAUGUCACGUGAUAACUCAAAUUAUUCAUAUCCACCAAAUAUUAGCGGACAAGUAGAUUCUACAGAGACAACGAUUAAUACAAAUUUAAAUUCAUCAGAAAAUAAAUCAUCGAGUGCUACCCAAAUUGACGAAAUAAAAAAUGUUAAUUAUGGUAGAAACCAUCAACAAAUAAAUAACGAAUCAAUAGAACUGAAAUCAUCUGCGAAUACUUUUAAUUUAUUAAGUGACACUAAAGAAAAAGCUUCUACUUCACGGGACUAUGAAAAUAAAAUUUCUAAAGAUAUUGUUGAUAACCAGGAUAUAAGUUCGGGAUUAACAGUAAAAAUGGUCGGUGGAAAAUUGAUAAAACAAUUUAUUACACCGUCAACAUCGAAACAAUCUCAAAAUAUCGUGAAUACUAAAGAGGCGGAUAUAACAUACAAUGUGGAUAGUAAUAAAAAACAGUAUAAAAAUAACGUAAAAACUUCAUUUGAAUCAGAUAUAAUUGAUCAAAAUGUAUCUACCGAUAAAUCUAAUGAUUAUAGUUCUGAGAUGUUCAUAACACAAAAAUAUAUACCGAUAUUUUCAAGAUCAAAUCAAGAAAUUGAUGAAAUAACGUCAUCGAGUAAUGAUAAUUCAAAAAUAUUUUAUGAUAAAACUAAUAAAAUUGAUAAUCCCAGGUAUCAAAAUAAUACUGAAAAUAACACAAAAGAUUUAUUUGGAAAAAAUAAAAAUGUUGAUAAUGACGGCUUAACAGUACGCAUGGUUGGUGGAAAAUUAAUAAAAUCUUUUAAAGAACCGGAAAAAAACCCCAAAAAUGUAUCAAAUAUCUCAACGUCAAGUAAUAUAUCAAAUAGUAACAUUUCAUCCGGUGAUAUCACAACAUCAACGUCCUUUAUUACAAAUGAACAAUCAUCUAUUUCAAGUUCAUUUGGAGAAACAAAUAAAUCAAAUUCAAAAACUUCCAGCUCUGUAUAUCAAACUGCAGACGAACAAGAUACAUCUAAAAACCAGAAACAGCCAGAUUUAAAAAAUAACAAAUUAAAAAACGAAAAAUUUGUUGAUAAUGCCGAUGAUGAAAGUUUGAGAGUGCGCGUAGUUGGUGGAAAAUUAAUUAAAACUUUCAAUGAGCCAACAACGUCAAAAAAAAAUACAAUUGAUGUGUCGAAGUCAAGUAACAUUUCUAGAGAUAUUUCUUCAAGUGAUAUUACAACGUCGACAUCGUUUUCAACAAACGAACAAACUUCAGUUUCAAGUUCAUUUGUAGAAAACGAUCAUUCAAAUUUGAAUACGUCAAAAUCUAUGUACCAAUCAGUAGAUCGACCAGAUGAAACCAAACACAUACAACGACCAGAUACUAAGAAAGAGAAAUCUAAACCAAAAAAAUCCGUUGAAAAUGUCGAUGAAGAAGGAUUGACAGUUCGCGUAGUUGGUGGAAAAUUAAUUAAAACUUUUAAUGAGCCAACCCACACAAACAACUUUAAUGUUUCUAAAUCUAGCAAUAUAUCAACUAGUGAUAUUACAACGUCUACAUCCUUUAUUAGUAAUGAAAAAGCAUCACUAUCAAGUUCAUAUGGAGAAACUGAUCAAUCCAAUUUAAAAACGUCUAAUUCUGAAAAUCAAAAACCCGACCAACCAAAUAAAUUUAAAAACAAGGAACAGCAAGAAGUCAAAAAUAAUAAAUUCAAAUCUGAACAAAUUAUUAAUAAUAUCGACGAAGAAGGGUUGAACGUUCGUAUGGUUGGUGGAAAAUUAAUUAAAACUUUCAACGAGCCAACAACAUAUAAACAAAAUAAUACUGAUAUAUCGAAAUCAAGUAAUAUUUCAACUAGUGAUAUUUCAUCAAGCAAUACUACAUCUACAUCGUUUUCUACGAAUGAAAUAUCUUCGAUUACGAGUUCACAUGUAGAACGUGAUCAAUCUAAUAUUAACGCAUCCAAAUCUUUGUAUCAAACAUCAGAUCGACCAUAUGAAACAAAAAACACGAAACAGCUGGACAGUGAUGAAGAUAAAUCAAAACAAAAAAGUUCAAGUAAAAAUGUCGACGAAGAAGGCUUGACAGUGCGCAUGGUUGGUGGAAAAUUAAUAAAAAAAUUCAAUGAGCCAACGCCAUCCAAGAAAAACAGUUUUGACGCUUCUAAAUCAAGUGAUAUUUCAUCUAGUGACAUUUCAUCUGGUGACAUCACAACAUCAACAUCAUUUAUCACAAAUGAACAAUCUUCGUAUUCAAGUUCAUUUGGAGAAACUGACCAGUUGAGUAUAAACACAUCAAAAACAUCGAAGACUGAAAAUAAGAAAACAGAUGAUUCAAAAAAUAAGAAACAGCCAGAGUCAAAAAAAGACAUAUCUCAACCAAUAACUAAAGUUGAUAGUAUCGAAGAAGAAGGUUUAUCUGUACGCAUGGUUGGUGGAAAAUUAAUUAAGACUUUCAAAGAGCCAACUCCUUCAAAAAAAAAUACUACUAAAGUUUCGAAGUCAAGUAAUAUUUCAACUAGUGAUAUUUUAUCAAGUGAUAUUUCUACGUCAACAUCUAUUACCACAAACGAACAAAGUUCACUUUCGGGUUCAUUAGUAGAACGCGAUCAAUCAAAUAUUAAAGCAACCAAAUCUUUGUAUCAAUCACCAGAUCGUUCACAUGAAACGAAAAACGCGAAAUUUGUGGACAUUAGGAAAGAUAAAUCUAUACCGAAUAAAUCUAUUGAGAAUGUCAACGAAGAAGGUUUGUUAGUACGCAUGGUUGGUGGAAAAUUAAUCAAGACUUUCAAAGAGCCAACACCGACAAAAAAAACUAUUACUGACAUGUCUAAAUCGACUAAUAAAUUAACUAGUGACAUUUCAUCUAGUGAUAUUUCUACAUCAACAUCGUUUGUUACAAAUGAACAGUCAUCGUUUUCAAGUUCAUUUGGAGAAACUGACCAAUCGAGUAUAAACACAUCAAAAACAUCGAAGUCUGAAAAUAAGAAAACAGAUGAUUCAAAAAAUCAGAAACAGCCAGUGACUAAAAAAGACAUGUCUGAACCAAUAACUUCGGUUGAUAUUGUCGAUGAAGAAGGUUUGUCUGUACGCAUGGUUGGUGGAAAAUUAAUCAAGACUUUCAAAGAGCCAACACCGACAAAAAAAAAUACUACUGACAUGUCUAAGUCGACUAAUAAAUUAACUAGUGACAUUUCAUCUAGUGAUAUUUCUACAUCAACAUCGUUUGUUACAAAUGAACAGUCAUCGUUUUCAAGCUCAUUUGGAGAAAUUGACCAGUCGAGUAUAAACACAUCAAAAACAUCGAAGACUGAAAAUAAGAAAACAGAUGAUUCAAAAAAUAAGAAACAGCCAGAGACUAAAAAAGACAUGUCUAAACCAAUAACUUCAGUUGAUAUUGUCGAUGAAGAAGGUUUAUCUGUACGCAUGGUUGGUGGAAAAUUAAUUAAGACUUUCAAAGAGCCAACUCCUUCAAAAAAAAAUACUACUGACAUGUCUAAGUCGACUAAUAAAUUAACUAGUGACAUUUCAUCUAGUGAUAUUUCUACAUCAACAUCGUAUGUUACAAAUGAACAGUCAUCGUUUUCAAGCUCAUUUGGAGAAACUGACCAGUCGAGUAUAAACACAUCAAAAACAUCGAAGACUGAAAAUAAGAAAACAGAUGAUUCAAAAAAUAAGAAACAGCCAGAGACUAAAAAAGACAUGUCUAAACCAAUAACUUCAGUUGAUAUUCUCGACGAAGAAGGUUUGUCUGUACGCAUGGUUGGCGGAAAAUUAAUAAAGACUUUCAAAGAACCAACAUCGACAAAAAAAACUAUUACUGACAUGUCUAAGUCGACUAAUAAAUUAACUAGUGACAUUUCAUCUAGUGAUAUUUCUACAUCAACAUCGUUUGUUACAAAUGAACAGUCAUCGUUUUCAAGUUCAUUUGGAGAAACUGACCAAUCGAGUAUAAACACAUCAAAAACAUCGAAGACUGAAAAGAAGAAAACAGAUGAUUCAAAAUAUAAGAAACAGCCAGUGACUAAAAAAGACAUGUCUGAACCAAUAACUUCGGUUGAUAUUGUCGAUGAAGAAGGUUUGUCUGUACGCAUGGUUGGUGGAAAAUUAAUCAAGACUUUCAAAGAGCCAACACCGACAAAAAAAACUAUCACUGAUGUGUCUAAAUCAAGUGAUAUUUCCACUUAUGACAUUUCAUCAAGUGGUAUUACAUCGUCAACACCAUAUUCUAUAAAUGAACGAACUUCGGUAUCAAGCUCUACCAGAGAAACUGAUCAGUCUAAUUUUAAAACGUUCAAUUCUGUACAUAAAACAGACAGAAGAGACGAAAUCAAUAAUAAGAAACAUCCAGACGCUAAGACAGAAAAAUCUAAACCAAAUAAACCUGUUGAACAUGUCGACGAAGAAGGGUUGUCAGUGCACAUGGUUGGAGGAAAAUUUAUAAAGAAUUUUAAAGAGCCAACACCGUCCAAAAAAAAUAUUAUUGAAAUUUCAAAAUCAAGUAACAAUGUAACUAGUGAUAUUUCUUCAAAUGAUAUUACUACGUCUUCAUCGUUUAUAACUAAUGAACAAUCAUCGUUUUCAAGCUCAUCGGGAAAAACUGACCAAUCGGAUAUGAAAACAUCAACGAUAUCAAAGUCUGUAAAUAAAAAUACUGACCAAUUAGAUGAGUCAAAAAAUAAGAAACAGCCAAUCGUGAAUAAAGACAAAUCUAAACCAAAUAAACCUGUUGAAAAGGUUGAUGAAGAAGGUUUAUCUGUGCGUAUGGUCGGAGGAAAAUUAAUUAAGACUUUCAAAGAGCCAACACCGUCCAAGAAAAAUACUAUUGACGUGUUGAAGUCAAGUAAUACAUUAACUAGUGAUAUUUCAUCAAGUGGUAUUACAACGUCAACAUCGUUUUCUACAAAUGAACAAACUUCGGUAUCAAGUUCUACGGGGGAAACUGAUCAGUCUAAUUUAAAGACAUUCAAUUCUGUGUAUAGAAUAGACAGACCAGAUGAAAUAAAUAACAAGAAACAGCCAGACGCCAAGAAAGAAAAAUCUAAGCCAAAUAAACCUGUUGAAAAGGUUGACGAAGAAGGUUUGUCUGUGCGUAUGGUUGGAGGAAAAUUAAUUAAGACUUUCAAAGAGCCAACACCGUCCAAAAAAAAUACUACUGACGUGUCGAAAUCAAGUAAUAUUUUAACUAGUGAUAUUUCAUCAAGAGAUAUUACAACGUCCACAUCAUUUACUACAAAUGAACAAACUUCGGUUUCAAGCUCAUAUGUAGAAAAUGAUCAAUCAAAUUUUAAAAUAUCAAAAACGUCUAAUUCUACAAAUCAAAAAACCGAUCGACCAGAUGAUACAAAAAACAAGAAACGACCAGAAGCUAAAACAGAUAAGCCUAAACCGAAAACUACUGUUGAUAAUGUUGACGAAGAAGGCUUGUCGGUACGCAUGGUCGGCGGAAAAUUAAUUAAAACUUUUAAAGAGCCAUCUCGAAAUGUUGUAAAAAAUACUUCUAAAUCUAAUACAUUGAAUACUAAUUUAAACAGCCAACGUACUAAUGUAAAUGUAGAUACUAGUUCUCAAGUUUUAAAUACAACUUAUAUUAUUGAUGAAUCAUCAUCAAAUAAUGAAGUAAUAAAGACCGUUCAGACUAGUAAUGACAGUAGUACAAAAAUCGUUGAUGGGAAAACAGUAAAAAGUUAUAAAGGACCAGAGAGGUCUCCACGGAAACCGAAAUCUGAUGUUCCAGAUAAAUCGAACGCAGACGUUAUGCCUUUUGAUAAUAAUUAUAUUACGUCGUUGAACGAGACUAAACAAGUUCACGAUGUAUUUUAUGACGUUUCCGAAGAAUCUUACAUCGAGUCUCGGCAGUUUUCGGAGCAAUCUAUAGUUCAAGAUUUUCAAGUAACAUCGAAUACGUCAGAAUAUUAUCCCGAAAGGCCUGUUAGAAACAGGGAUGUACGAGACAGCAUUGUUGUUCAAGACAUCACCGACUUCGUGUCUGUUUCAAAUCAUGCAGAAGUUAUAGAAAAUAGAAAAACUUCAGAAGUGGUGUUCGAAAAAUCAGUAGUAAAAGGGAUGACUGAAAAUUAUGAAAACCGCGUAUCUUCAUCGAAAAAGGUCCAAGAAAAUAAAGUAGACAAAAAGCCAAGACACCAAAAGGAAAUUACUGCAACCCCGAAGGAACAAUGUAUUUGCGAAAUUUGUACCUGUGGACGUCAUCGAUGUCCACACACACCUGGAACAGAUAGGUCUCCACUAGAUUUGGAGCCUAUACCGUCUCCAAAAUUAUCAAGAACUAAGGAAGAAUACCAACCAAUACCAUUUGACCGCGUCGAAAGGCCUAGUUUGCAGAGACUCAAUACUGAACUAACUAUAAACGAAGGAAAAAUUGAAAAUACUACGGCCUACAGAUCGGAGUUUGAGGAAAAACAUGCAGAACGUCAAGUCCGAUAUAAAAUGGAAGAUCAACUUCACCUCGAAGGUGAUUAUUCUCCACAGAGAAAACAAGAGUAUACGGGACUUCCUGGCGAUCGCUUUUCAUCACGUAAGCCACAAGAUAACUUAAAACCUGAAGGUGACUUUGAAAGACCGACUCGUGAAAAAGUCACACCAGCAGAACGACCGAAACCGAUGAAACCUAUCGAUAAUUUGAAGCCAGAGGGUGAUUUCGAAAGACCACAACCAUCGAAGUACGGGCCUGGUGAGAGAGCACCAAUUGUCAAGCAUCCGGAUAAUUUAAAACCUGAAGGUGACUUUGAAAGACCUACGCGUGAAAAAUUGACACCUGCAGAACGACCAAAACCAAUUAAGCCUAGCGAUAAUUUGAAGCCAGAGGGUGACUUCGAAAGACCACAACCGUCGAAGUACGGGCCCGGUGAGAGAGCACCAAUUGUCAAACAUCCGGAUAAUUUAAGACCUGAAGGUGAAUUUGAAAGACCAAUUCGUGAAAAAGUGACACCAGUGGAACGACCGAAACCAAUAAAGCCUAGCGAUAAUUUGAAGCCAGAGGGUGACUUUGAAAGACCACAACCAUUAAAGUACGGGCCUGGUGAGAGAGCACCAAUUGUCAAACAUCCGGACAAUUUAAAGCCAGAAGGUGACUUCGAGCGGCCUACACCCACCAAAGUGCAACCGGCAGAUCGACAAAAACCAAUUAGACCAAAAGACAAUUUACGACCAGAAGGUGAAUUUGAUAGGCCUGUACCAUCUCAAUAUGGACCUGGUGAUCGAGCACCAAUAGUUAAGCAUCCGGAUAACCUUAAGCCUGAAGGAGAAUUUGAUAGGCCCAAACCUAAUAAAUAUGAACAUGGAGAUCGAGCACCCAUAGUAAAACAUCCAGAUAAUUUAAAAUCAGAAGGAGAUUUUGAUAGACCAGAACAGCCCCAAGUACCAAAGAGAGGAGAGAGAGCACCUAUUAAGAAACCUAUUGACAAUUUACGACCAGAAGGCGAAUUCUACGGAGAAAGAACAGCGGAGAGACCAAUACAAAAAAAACCAAUAGAUAAUUUAAAACCAGAAGGUGAAUUUGAUAGACCACAAAAAGAAAAGUAUAAGCCAUCAGAGAGACCUAAACAAAUAAAACCAACAGACAACUUAAAACCGGAAGGGAACUUUGAGCGUCCGAAACAAAAAGAUUACAAAACAGGAGAGAGGCCAAAACAAAUAAAACCACAAGAUAACCUUAAAUCAGAAGGAGAAUUUGAAAGGCCAAUUGAAGAAAAGUAUGAACCCAGUGAAAGACCAUCUCCUUUUAAACCAUCAGAUAACUUGAAACCAGAAGGAGACUUUGAUCGACCAAAAAAUGAAAAGUAUAAACCAGGUGAACGUCCUACUCCAUUUAAACCAAGUGAUAAUUUAAAACCUGAGGGUGAAUUUGAAAAACGUACGCCUCAGAAAGUUGGCCCUGGUGACCGUGCUCCAAUCGUUAAACCAAAAGACAAUUUAUAUCCAGAAGGUGAAUUCCAACGACCUAAACCUGAUGAAUUCCAACCAUCCGAAAGACCUAAGCAAGUCAAACCACAAGAUAAUCUUUUCCCUGAAGGUAGUUUUGAACGCCCUGAAUUACCUGAAUAUUCUCCAUCUGAAAGACCUAAACAAUUUAAGCCUACAGACAAUCUUAAACCAGAAGGUGAUUUUGAACGUCCAGUUUAUGAAAAGUUCCGACCAAGUGAACGUCCUGCUGCUUUUAAACCAAGUGAUAAUUUAAAACCAGAGGGUGAAUUCGAAAAACGUACUCCACAGAAAGUUGGUCCUGGAGAUCGUGCUCCAAUUGUUAAACCAAAAGACAAUUUAUAUCCAGAGGGUGAAUUCCAACGACCUAAACCAGAUGAUUAUCGACCAUCUGAAAAACCAAAGCAAGUUAAACCACAAGAUAACUUGUUUCCUGAAGGAAGUUUUGAUCGACCAGAAUUACCUGAAUAUUCACCGUCUGAGAGACCUAAACAAUUUAAACCUACAGACAAUCUUAAGCCCGAAGGUGAUUUUGAACGUCCAGUUUACGAAAAGUUCCGACCAAGUGAACGUCCUGCUGCUUUUAAACCAAGUGAUAAUUUAAAACCAGAGGGUGAAUUCGAAAAACGUACUCCACAGAAAGUUGGUCCUGGAGAUCGUGCUCCAAUUGUUAAACCAAAAGACAAUUUAUAUCCAGAGGGUGAAUUCCAACGACCUAAACCAGAUGAUUAUCAACCAUCUGAAAGACCAAAGCAAGUUAAACCACAAGAUAACUUGUUUCCUGAAGGAAGUUUUGAUCGACCAGAAUUACCUGAAUAUUCACCAUCUGAGAGACCUAAACAAUUUAAACCUACAGACAAUCUUAAACCAGAAGGUGAUUUUGAACGUCCAGUUUACGAAAAGUUUCAACCAAGUGAACGUCCUGCUGCUUUUAAACCAAGUGAUAAUUUAAAACCAGAAGGUGAAUUCGAAAAACGAACUCCACAGAAGGUUGGGCCAGGUGAUCGUGCACCAAUUGUUAAACCUAAAGACAAUUUGUUCCCAGAAGGUAAUUUCGAAAGACCCGAGUAUCCAGAGUAUUCACCUUCUGAAAGACCAAAACAAUUUAAGCCUACUGAUAAUCUUAAACCAGAGGGAGAUUUCGACCGUCCAGUACAUGAAAAGUUUAGACCUAGUGAAAGACCUGCAGCGUAUAAACCAUCUGAUAAUCUAAAACCAGAAGGCGAAUUUGAAAGAAGGAAGCCUGACGAAUUCCAACCAGCUGACCGAGUAAAACAAGUCAAACCCCAAGACAAUCUGUAUCCUGAAGGUAAUUUUGAACGACCCGAAUAUCCUGAAUAUUCUCCAUCGGAGAGACCAAAACAAUUUAAGCCUACAGACAAUCUUAAACCAGAAGGUGAUUUUGAACGUCCAGUUUAUGAAAAGUUUCAACCAAGUGAACGUCCUGCUGCUUUUAAACCAAGUGAUAAUUUAAAACCAGAGGGUGAAUUCGAAAAACGUACACCACAGAAAGUUGGUCCUGGAGAUCGUGCUCCAAUUGUUAAACCAAAAGACAAUUUAUAUCCAGAGGGUGAAUUCCAACGACCUAAACCAGAUGAUUAUCGACCAUCUGAAAGACCAAAGCAAGUCAAACCACAAGACAAUCUGUUUCCAGAAGGCAGUUUUGAACGCCCAGAAUAUCCAGAAUAUUCUCCAUCUGAGAGACCAAAACAAUUUAAGCCUACAGACAAUCUUAAACCAGAAGGUGAUUUUGAAAGACCUGUUUAUGAAAAAUUCCAAGCAAGUGAACGCCCUAUACCAUUCAAGCCAACAGACAACCUAAAACCCGAAGGUGAAUUUGAAAAGCGUUUACCUCAAAAGGUUGGUCAAGGUGAUCGAGCUCCAAUAGUGAAACCGAAAGACAAUUUGUAUCCAGAAGGUGAGUUCCAAAGACCAAAACCAGAUGAUUACCAGCCUUCUGAAAGACCAAAACAAGUGAAACCACAAGAUAACUUAUUUCCUGAAGGAAGUUUUGAUCGACCUGAUUAUCCAGAGUAUACAGCAUCUGAGAGACCAAAACAAUUUAAGCCAAUAGAUAAUCUCAAACCUGAAGGUGAUUUUGAACGUCCAGUCCACGAGAAGUUCACACCAAGUGAGCGGCCCGCUGCUUUUAAACCGAGUGAUAAUUUGAAACCUGAAGGAGAAUUUGAAAAACGUACACCACAGAAAGUGGGCACAGGGGAUCGUGCCCCAAUUGUUAAACCAAAAGACAAUUUAUAUCCAGAAGGUGAAUUCCAAAGACCGAAGCCAGAUUAUUACCAGCCUUCUGAAAGACCAAAGCAAGUCAAGCCGCAAGACAAUCUGUUUCCAGAAGGUGAAUUCGAAAGACCCGAGUAUCCAGAGUAUUCACCUUCUGAAAGACCAAAACAAUUUAAGCCUACUGAUAAUCUUAAACCAGAGGGAGAUUUCGACCGUCCAGUACAUGAAAAGUUUAGACCUAGUGAAAGACCUGCAGCGUAUAAACCAUCUGAUAAUCUAAAACCAGAAGGCGAAUUUGAAAGAAGGAAGCCUGACGAAUUCCAACCAGCUGACCGAGUAAAACAAGUCAAACCCCAAGACAAUCUGUAUCCUGAAGGUAAUUUUGAACGACCCGAAUAUCCUGAAUAUUCUCCAUCGGAGAGACCAAAACAAUUUAAGCCUACAGACAAUCUUAAACCAGAAGGUGAUUUUGAACGUCCAGUUUAUGAAAAGUUUCAACCAAGUGAACGUCCUGCUGCUUUAAACCAAAGUGAACCUCAAGACAAUUUGUUUCCCGAAGGAAGUUUUGUUCGACCAGAUUUACCUCAAUAUUCACCCUCAGAAAGACCAAAACAAUUCAAGCCUACAGAUAAUCUUAAACCUGAGGGGGAUUUUGAACGACCAAUACAUGAAAAGUUCAGGCCUAGUGAACGUCCUACUGCAUAUAAGCCAACGGAUAAUCUGAAACCCGAAGGUGAAUUUGAAAGAAAGAAACCAGAUGAAUUCCAACCAGCUGAACGAGUUAAGCAAGUAAAACCACAAGAUAAUCUAUUUCCUGAAGGAAAUUUUGUACGUCCUGAGUAUCCGGAAUAUUCACCGUCUGAGAGACCGAAACAAUUUAAACCCUCCGACAAUCUGAAACCCGAAGGUGAUUUUGAACGUCCAGUUAACGAAAAAUUCAAGCCAAGUGAGCGCCCAACACCAUUUAAACCAACGGAUAACCUAAAACCCGAGGGGGAAUUCGAAAAACGUACACCACAGAAAGUUGGUCCAGGAGAACGGGCACCAGUUGUUAAACCAAAAGACAAUUUGUUUCCUGAAGGGGAAUUUCAAAGACCUGAGCAUCCAGAGUACUCGCCAUCUGAGAGACCUAAACAGUUUAAACCUACUGAUAAUCUUAAACCUGAGGGAGAUUUUGAACGUCCAGUACAAGAAAAGUUUAGGCCUAGUGAACGUCCGACUGCAUAUAAGCCCACUGAUAAUCUGAAACCCGAAGGUGAAUUUGAAAGAAAGAAACCAGAUGAAUUCCAACCAGCUGAACGAGUUAAGCAAGUAAAACCACAAGAUAAUCUAUUUCCUGAAGGAAAUUUUGUACGUCCUGAGUAUCCGGAAUAUUCACCGUCUGAGAGACCGAAACAAUUUAAGCCCACCGACAAUCUGAAACCCGAAGGUGAUUUUGAACGUCCAGUUAACGAAAAAUUCAAGCCAAGUGAGCGCCCAACACCAUUUAAACCAACGGAUAACCUAAAACCCGAGGGGGAAUUCGAAAAACGAACUCCACAGAAGGUUGGUCCAGGUGAUCGUGCACCAAUUGUUAAACCUAAAGACAAUUUGUUUCCAGAAGGUAAUUUCGAAAGACCCGAGUAUCCAGAGUAUUCACCUUCUGAAAGACCAAAACAAUUUAAGCCUACUGAUAAUCUUAAACCAGAGGGAGAUUUCGAUCGUCCAGUACAUGAAAAGUUUAGACCUAGUGAAAGACCUGCAGCGUAUAAACCAUCUGAUAAUCUAAAACCAGAAGGCGAAUUUGAAAGAAGGAAGCCUGACGAAUUCCAACCAGCUGACCGAGUAAAACAAGUCAAACCCCAAGACAAUCUGUAUCCUGAAGGUAAUUUUGAGCGACCCGAGUAUCCAGAAUACUCACCAUCUGAGAGACCAAAACAAUUUAAGCCUACUGACAACCUAAAACCUGAAGGUGAUUUUGAACGUCCAGUUUAUGAAAAAUUCAAACCUAGUGAACGUCCUGCUGCUUUUAAACCAAGUGAUAAUUUAAAACCUGAAGGUGAAUUCGAAAAACGUACUCCACAGAAAGUUGGUCCUGGAGAUCGUGCCCCAAUUGUUAAACCAAAAGACAAUUUGUAUCCUGAAGGUGAAUUCCAAAGACCGAAGCCAAAUGAUUACCAACCAUCUGAAAGACCUAAGCAAGUGAAACCACAUGAUAAUCUAUUUCCUGAAGGUGAAUUUCAAAGACCAGAGCAUCCAGAGUAUUCUCCAUCUGAGAGACCAAAACAGUUUAAACCUACAGAUAAUCUUAAACCGGAAGGAGAUUUUGAAAGACCAGUUUAUGAGAUGUUCAAACCAAGUGAACGUCCCACACCGUUUAAACCCAGUGAUAAUUUAAAACCUGAGGGAGAAUUCGAAAAACGUACGCCUCAGAAAGUUGGUCCUGGAGAUCGUGCCCCAAUCGUUAAACCUAAAGACAAUUUGUAUCCAGAAGGUGAAUUCCAGCGACCAAAACCUAAUGAAUUCCAACCAUCUGAAAGACCUAAGCAAAUCAAACCGCAAGACAAUCUAUUUCCUGAAGGCAGUUUUGAACGGCCCGAGCAUCCAGAGUACUCACCAUCUGAAAGACCAAAACAAUUUAAACCUUCUGAUAAUCUUAAGCCAGAGGGAGAUUUUGAUCGUCCGGUAUAUGAAAAGUUCAAGCCUAGCGAGCGUCCCGCUGCAUUUAAACCAACUGAUAAUUUAAAAACUGAGGGAGAAUUCGAAAAACGUACGCCUCAGAAAGUUGGUCCUGGAGAUCGUGCCCCAAUCGUUAAACCUAAAGACAAUUUGUAUCCAGAAGGUGAAUUCCAGCGACCAAAACCUAAUGAAUUCCAACCAUCUGAAAGACCUAAGCAAAUCAAACCGCAAGACAAUCUAUUUCCUGAAGGCAGUUUUGAACGGCCCGAGCAUCCAGAGUACUCACCAUCUGAAAGACCAAAACAAUUUAAACCUUCUGAUAAUCUUAAGCCAGAGGGAGAUUUUGAUCGUCCGGUAUAUGAAAAGUUCAAGCCUAGCGAGCGUCCCGCUGCAUUUAAACCAACUGAUAAUUUAAAAACUGAGGGAGAAUUCGAAAAACGUACGCCUCAGAAAGUUGGUCCUGGAGAUCGUGCCCCAAUCGUUAAACCUAAAGACAAUUUGUAUCCAGAAGGUGAAUUCCAGCGACCAAAACCUAAUGAAUUCCAACCAUCUGAAAGACCUAAGCAAAUCAAACCGCAAGACAAUCUAUUUCCUGAAGGCAAUUUUGAACGGCCCGAGCAUCCAGAGUACUCACCAUCUGAAAGACCAAAACAAUUUAAACCUUCUGAUAAUCUUAAGCCAGAGGGAGAUUUUGAUCGUCCGGUACAUGAAAAGUUUAGACCUAGCGAACGACCGGCUCCGUUUAAGCCCAGUGACAAUUUGAAACCUGAAGGUGAAUUUGAAAAACGUACACCACAGAAAGUUGGGCCUGGUGAUCGUGCUCCAAUUGUUAAACCUAAAGACAAUUUGGUUCUAGAAGGGGAAUUUGAGAAACGUAUUCAACAAGUAUUGGGUCCAGGUGAUAGGGCUCCUAUUGUAAAACCUAAAGAUAAUUUAUAUCCCGAAGGUGUAUUAGACACAUCAUAUACUAAGAACAUAUCUGAAGUAUCUGUAGGGGAAAGAGCCGCUAUUCACAUUCACGAAGAUAAUUUAAAGAUGACUGGCGAACAUUCUAUUUUUAAGAAAGAUGAUUUUACGCAUAAAACCGGUAUUCGUUCCGAAAUUGUCAAACAUGAGGAUAAUCUGAAAGUAGAAGGUGAAUUCAUGGAUAGUUUUAAACGAAGUGAUUAUUCAGCUACUAGAGGGGAGCGGUCUGAAAUUAUUCACAGAGAAGACAAUUUAAGAAUUGAAGGUGAGUUUAUUGAUAUGCACUCAAGAAAUGAUUAUAGUGAACACGUUGUGAAUAGAGUAUCUUCAGUUAUGAAACAUGAAGACAACCUUAGAAUGGAGGGGGAAUUUGAGAAACGUGAACAACUGUCCUAUGUUUCUGCUGAAAGACCGAAUCAAAUACGGCAUCCAGAUAAUUUAAAACUUGAGGGUGAAUUCGAAAAACGUUCUCAAAAUGUUGUCGGACCCGGUGACAGAGCCCCUAUUGUUAAACCUAAAGAUAAUCUCAAACCUGAAGGUGAAUUCGAUAGACCAUCUCCAGAUAAAUACACAUCUGGUGAACGACCAAAACAAAUCAGACAUCCAGAUAACUUAAGACCCGAAGGAGAAUUUGAUAGACCGUCUACAGAUAAUUACAGACCAGGUGAACGACCAAAACAAAUUAGACAUCCAGAUAACUUAAAACCAGAAGGGGAAUUCGAUAGGCCGUCUACAAAUAAUUAUAGACCAGGUGAACGACCAAAACAAGUCAGACAUCCAGAUAACUUAAGACCCGAAGGAGAAUUUGAUAGACCGUCUACAGAUAAUUACAGACCAGGUGAACGACCAAAACAAAUUAGACAUCCAGAUAACUUAAAACCAGAAGGAGAAUUCGAUAGGCCGUCUACAAACAAUUAUAGACCAGGUGAACGACCAAAACAAGUCAGACAUCCAGAUAACUUAAGACCCGAAGGAGAAUUUGAUAGACCGUCUACAGAUAAUUACAGACCAGGUGAACGACCAAAACAAAUAAGACAUCCAGAUAACUUAAAAACCGAAGGAGAAUUUGAUAGACCGUCUACAGAUAAUUACAGACCAGGUGAACGACCAAAACAAAUUAGACAUCCAGAUAACUUAAAACCAGAAGGAGAAUUCGAUAGGCCGUCUACAAAUAAUUAUAGACCAGGUGAACGACCAAAACAAGUCAGACAUCCAGAUAACUUAAGACCCGAAGGAGAAUUUGAUAGACCGUCUACAGAUAAUUACAGACCAGGUGAACGACCAAAACAAAUAAGACAUCCAGAUAACUUAAAACCAGAAGGAGAAUUCUAUAGGCCGUCUACAGAUAAUUACAGACCAGAUGAACGACCAAAACAAAUUAGACAUCCAGAUAACUUAAAACCAGAAGGUGAAUUUGAAAAACGUACAUAUCAAACAGUUGGUCAUGGUGAUAGAGCACCUAUAGUAAAACCCAAAGAUAAUUUAAAACCAGAAGGUGCAUUUGAUAGACCUUCUCAACAAAAUUAUGGACCAGGUGAACGACCAAAACAAAUACGGCAUCCAGAUAACUUAAAAUCAGAAGGUGAUUUUGAAAAACGAGUCGUACAAAAAGUAACUGUAGGUGAGCGGACUCUUGCUUAUAAGCCUCAAGAUAAUUUACGGAUGGAAGGAGAAUUUGAAAAAAGAGAUCGAACUUACACAGUUCGAAAGGUUGAGCAAGCUGUAAUCAGGAAACAUGAGGAUAAUUUGAAAGUUGAAGGGACAAUGCACUUUACCAAUAAAAACAUCCAUUCCGAUCAAAAGUCAUUAGAUUCAGGAUAUUCUCAAAAAAUAACGGAAAAUAAUCAAACUGUAAGCGACCAUAGACGAAUAAAUCAAUUGGAAAAAUCGCAUUCUUCUUCAAAUACUGAAAACUAUUCUUCAGUACACAAAUCUCAGCAGAACAAUACAAAUUCUAGAAAGCAUAUUGAAUCUCAAAUUUCUUUGGGAGAAUAUGCUAAAGAUUCAAAUACAAAAGAAAAAAUUAGUGUCAAAUAUGGACAGUCACAAUUUGAAGGAGAACUUAGACAAUCAUCUGAAUCACAAAACGUUGAAAAUCGUGUUGUGAAACAAUCAUCUGAUUCUACGUACCAAAGAAGCUCAAAAUCUGAAGAACACGUGGAAAGAAAAAAAUGGGAGACUUCUCAAAAGAGAGAUUAUUUAAAAGGAUCCGUAACAGAUUUAAGCAGUACUAGAAAUGCAUCAUCAUCUAAGCAACAACUUAACCAGAUAAACGAUCAAAGAUAUUCAGAUAAUACAACUCGUCAACAUUCAUCCAAUCAUUAUGACCAUGUGUCUUCACAAAAUAUCAGCAAUUCAAAUCAGCGGCAUGGACAAACAAGUGAACAACACAUUUACUCUUCACGACAGUCUCAAGAAUCUAGAGGGGUGUUGAAUCACGAUAGACUACGAAAUGAUGACCUUGUUGACAGAGUACAAUCUACGCAACAUAGACACGGGCAUCUGAGUAAUAACGAUAGUCGAAAUUAUUCAUCACAGCAUCAAACUCUUCAAAACAUUGGUCAGUCUAGUCAAAAACAUACCAAUGAAACCAGUGGUCAAAACUAUAAAAAGAGCACUACCACUAGUCAUUCAAAAAUUAGUGAACAAAUUCGACGGCCUGAAAGUUUUGUUAUAACUCUAUCUGACGAAAAAUCAAUAAAUAAUCGAAAUGCGUCAUCUACAGAACAGCGUUAUUCAAAUAAUCAAACGAGUAAAGUUCUCAACACUGAAGUAGGAAGACAAUCGUUUGUUAGUGGAAAUACCAACGAGAGAAAUUCGAUUAGCCGUGAUUAUUCUUCGGAUUUGCGUUCAAGCAAGUCAACUGUAUCGAAUGAACAGUUAAACAAAAGCAACCGGUAUGAGACCAGUAGCCAAAAUCGGAAUGAAUACAAUCAGGACAAUUCUAAAUCACUUUCGUCACAACAAAAAUCCGAGCACACUACAAAUCGUUCGCAUGGCAGUGAAGUAAAAAGUUAUUCCACUGCAACGUACAGGAAGUCUUUGCACAGCACUAGUUCCAACGUGUUGAACAUCGACACGUCCACGUUCGAUAGGAAAACCCACAGUGACCAAUCUCAUCACCGUAAGUCCGUAAUAAGUUCGAACACGGAUCUGAGUAAUUCGGUGUUGCACCGCAAAGGAGAUGUGACGCAUAUCGAAGCGCCCCAUACCACUUCUUCAGCAGCGGCGGCCCAAAGAAAGAGCAUCAAUACGUUGGACUCGACAUACGUGGUAUCACCUCCAGACAACCGGAACAGUAUUAGCGCUAUGCACCGGCAAGAUAGGGUAUUGAGGUCGUCCACAAACAGGUCACAUAUCAGUUUGGGUGAUUCUUCAAUGGAGUCGAGUACUAGUCAUUACAGAAACGAAUAUAAACCGAGAGUGAGCGGACCAUGCCCUGUUCCGUUAAUCGAAAGAAAUCAAGCGCCUUUUAGACACACCCGGGAUACUAAAACACACAAAUUCUAUAAGUCAACUACGCCGGACGGAGAUCGUAAAUAAACCGUCUACAAAAGAAAUGAAACGGACUCAAGAUUAAAUACUCAACGUUUAUAAUUAAGAAUAGCUUGAACUAUGUUUUACUAAUAUAUAUUUAAUUUUAAAAACAAACCAUAUAAAAUAAAAAAAAACUAUUUGAUUGUUAUUAUAUUAAAGGAUUGUAUCACUUUGAAUAUUAUAAAUUAUAAACUAAUGAUAUUUUGUAAAAAUCACUAGGUAAUUUUUUGUCUAGAAUCAUUAAAUAAAACUGUGGGAAAAAAAAUAAAUGACAAUGGAUACUUUAUUUUAGUAACCAGUGACAUAUUAAAUAUUGUUUAAGGAAAAAAAUAAUCUAAAUAUUCGUUUUCAACGUUUUGGAUAAAAAUAUGUUUAAUAAUUUUCAUAAGUGAAAAUAUAACUAGGAUGCACAAUAUAUUUUGAUAAAUAUGGAAUUAAGAAAUGUAACACAAUUCAUAUUAUCGUCUGAUGUUUUUUUGACAUACUAAUAUCACAUAAAUGUGUCUGUCAAUUUUCAUUUUCUCACCAUUACUUUGAGACAAAAAAUGUGCCCAGUGUUUUUAGCAAUUACUUAUUAAUUAUAAUAAUUUAUAAUAACCAUUAUAAUUAAAUCUAACAUAAAGUCACCUACAAAAUACUUGUUAAAUUAUAUAAGUGCUUUAAAUAACCAUGUUUUAUUCAAGACUAAUACUUAAAUUUAAUAUAUAUUUGUAUACUGUGAUUUUGUUAAUUUAUUUUAUGUAUUGAAAUUUGUAUUAAAUGAACUGUGAUAUCUUCUUAUGAAUUUUACAAACUUGACAAAUUCUCAACACAUGUAAUGUAUUACUUUUAUUACAUACCUAACUAAAUUAUGUAUUAAAGUACUAUUUUAUUUUUAUUUAAAU